CUAAUUAGUUAGCAAUUGUCCUUCGAUUUGGGCAGAUGCCGAUAAAAUUCGUUUGUUAAGUGUGUCUUCAAAAUGCUUUGCACAUUACACUCAAGAGUGCUUUUGUUGUGGUUUGUGGUGUUGCUGUUGUAUGGUGUGCAAGCUAACGCUGUUAAGCUAUGCUCUAGGCAGAAAUCAGUGGAUAUUACCAAGGGUACAAUGGAUAGUGAUGAAAGUGUUGUAUACCGUGGAGUGCGAUAUAAUUCUUCACAGUAUUUUCAAGACGGAAACGUACGACGAGGAUGUAUUUGUCUUGUUCGUAUAUGUAUAUACGUAUGCGAGGAGGAAAAUAUAACGCGUGCCAAGUUGACGGAGCUUUAUGCCAAUGUAUCCGAUGCUUCUGGUAAAACGAUUCGUAAGAUGAACCUGGCGUCAGAUAAUCGCUUCCAUUUGAUUAUGAAACUACCGCACUGUUCGGGAGAUUGGGUGGAGCCGGAGCAGGAUGAAGUAAUCAUCUCAUGGAAAGGAGAUCUAAGCCUGAAUGACCACAACUUCAGCUACACACAAAUCUGCAUUGUACCGAAGAACACGAUGGGUGAAUUUAAUGUUUUAUACUGUAAUUCCGAAAUAAGCGAUUGGCCAAACACUAUUGGUAAAAUGGGCCUACUUGCGUCUUUAUUUUUUCUUGUGGCCACCUUUGUGGUCUACGCUAUUCUACCGGAGCUACAGAACGUGGCAGGCAAGUCGCUUAUGAGCUACGUGACAGCCCUCGCCAUGUCCUAUCUAUUAUUGUCUUUGGGGCAUUUGGCUGUCUAUGACUACCAGUCCUUGAAGUGUAGAGUCACGGCACACGCACUGUACUUUACGCUGAUGGCCAGUUUCUUUUGGGUUAACAUCAUGUCCUUCGAUAUCUACUGGACGAUCGCCAGAAGUAGAGAAAAGGUCACUGAGCGCCGGAAGUUUCUAUGCUACUCUCUGUAUGCUUGGGGUAUGCCCUUGCUACUUCUAUCUUUGUUACUUCUUUUCGAUCGCACGGAGCUUAUCAGCUACCACCUACGACCGAAUGUUGGAGAAGGAUGUUUCCUGAAGGCGGAAAAACUGACGCAGUUUCUAUACUUGUACUUGCCAUUACUGCUACUUGCUAGUGCGGACAUAUUUUUCUUCAUCAUUACCGCUAAACGGAUUUAUCAAACAGGGCAGGCAAUCGACAUUAUGAUGAAUGGCCAUUCGAGACGGCACACAAAGAAUGAAAAUGAUCGUACCAGAUUCUGUUUGUAUCUGCGCUUAUUCAUCAUCAUGGGAGUACCCGGUACAGUUCGAAUGCUUUGUACCAUUUUGUCUGACUGGGAAACCCCUUCGUCAUGGGUAUUUUACCUUCUGGAUGUUUCCACGUGUCUCAUGGGCAUAAUCAUCUUCUUCCUGCUCGUCCUGACGCAAAGAGUUAGGAAGUUGUUGCUUCAACGAUUCUGCAGCGAUUAGAUGUUCAGAAAACUAUUUUCAAAACGAAUGAUAGAAACAAUUCACAAUCGACUAAUGUAAAAGCCACCCAUGCUAAGAAGUAAGAUAUACCCC